AUGGAGGCAAGGACGGGCUGGAGGGAAUCCCAAGAGAGGCACCUGCUGCAGAACCUUGUUGUGUCUCUGCAGCACAUGUCCUCCGAACUGAAGCAGUUACAGACCGCAGCAGCGAGACACCUUAGAGGCUUUUACUGCAACUGUCGACGAUCGGCGCAACCUUGCCAGCAGCAUCGCCCAACCCACCCUCAACAAACUCACCCACGGCCUUCAAGUCCAGCCUACUCCUGGCAAAGGCUGCCACACCAGCAGGGGGAGCAGCAGCAGGGGGAGCAGCAACAGGGGGAGCAGCAACAGGGGGAGCAGCAGCAGAGGCAAGACUGUGCGGAACCGUUGGACGCCAUCUCGACCUUGCGCUGUUCACAGGUUCCUCCGCUCCCCAUCAAAGACCCUUUGCCACAUCCGCGUCUAGGAGCCAGCCGCAGCCAGCAGCAGCAACAACAACAAGACCAGCAGCAACAACACCAGGAAGAGCAGCAGCAGGAGGGCAGCUGGCCACUGGAAAGAAGCAGCCAACAGGCUCGCACUCUCGGUUUUUCUUGCAGAAAUCCCCAGCACGCGUCGCUUGCCUGGCUGGCCGCAUCUUCAGCAACAGCGGCAGUAGUAGCGGAUCUUCCUGCGAAUUCCCCCCCUCCCGCCUCUUGCUGCUGCCCCCCAUCCCCCACGGCGCUGAACCGACCCGCUCUUUGCAACUCGCCCCCUCCUUGUGCUUCCUCAGGCUCCGCAGAACCUCCCGCAUGCCGGAGGCGCUUCGUGCAUUUCGAAAAGGAGGCAUCCAGAGUUCUUCUCGAUCCCAGCGAGUUGCCAGACGUGCCUCGCCCUCAUGGUGUCGCUGUUGCGCCUGUCGCAGUAAUUCGUCCUCACAGAGGUCUUAUGGAGAGGGUUAAGGACAGGCUACGCUUGAGAAGGCAUUCCGGUGAGGCGGUUGCUACAGGAGUUGCAAGUGUUUUCUGGUGGCUACCUUCCCCUUGCUGUAGAGAAGGCACUUGCUACAGACCGCCUCCGCCAGCGCCUCUGUCCGUGCAGCAGCAAGUGUUGCAGUCUCGGCAGGAACGCAGCAACACAAGAAGCAGCAGCAGCAGCAGCAGCAGCAGCAGCGCCUUCCCCACAGGCCUCGGGCACCACCACGUACGGCCUCGGCUGUAUGUACCAGCGCCUGCGCCUUCCCCAACCUAUGCAGCAGCAGCAAGAUUGCUACCGAAUGCAGGGGGCGUCUCGUAUCCGCAAGAAAUCAGUCCGGCAAAUAGACUGAAGCGGCAGCAGCAGCAGCGGCUGGUGAUCCAGGAACAGCGGCAACACCGAACGCAUCGCAUUGGAGACUCUCCCGCCGCUGCACCUACCAACGCUGCCCCCCUUGCACCUACCAACGCUUCCCCUCUUGCGGAUUCCCUCCAGCAGCAGCAACAGCGACUGCGCCAACUGCGGGAGCAGCUAGCUGCAGAGGCGUCAGCAGCGAGGCGAGAGCAGCGCGCCUCAAAACACUGCAGGGAUGCUCUGACAAAGAGCAGCACCGGUGCCAGCAGCAUCAGCAGCAGUAGCGGCCAGACUCGAGAGCUUCUGCGAGGAACUGCAUCCUCCAGCAGCCUGCUAGGGGGGACGUCCAGCGAGCUGGAUACCAACCUCAGCCCCUUCAGGAGAGAAGGUGCCUAUGCACCACAACACACCCUUUCCACGGUCUCGACCCCUUUGGAGGCUUACGAUGACGAAUGA